AUGGGACGAGAAGAGCAAAUUGAGGAGCGGGAGGUCCUUGACAGUAUUUUCCCUGAUGAAAUACAAGAUAUUUCGGAGAUUGAAUAUCGAAUAUCAGUCCUACUAGACGUCACAAAUGACGAUGGCGACGAAUCUGAACCCCCAACUGUGCUGCUGCAAGUCAAAUACCCAGAAGACUACCCCGAAAAACCGCCAAUCCUUGAUCUUCUUCCUGUCCCAAACGCGCCCGUCCACCCAUACUUCAGCGUAGCAGCGGACAAGCAAAGCCUUUUAGAUGGAUUAACAGAAACGAUCGAGGAGAAUCUGGGCAUGGCCAUGAUCUUCACGAUAGUGUCUACCCUGAAGGAUAAUGCGGAGCAACUCAUUGCAUCACGGCAAGAGGAAGCGCGGCGUGAACACGAGCAGAAAGUCCUGGAGGCUGAAAGGGAGGAGAAUAAGAAAUUCCACGGAACACCAGUUACGCGGGAGACUUUCCUAAAAUGGCGGGAAGCGUUUAGGAAGGAGAUGGAGGAGAUGAAGAUUAAGCAGGAGGAGGCGGAUGAGGCAGCCGAGAAGAAGAAGAACAGAGGGAAGGAUACGGUGGUUCAGUUGACAGGGAAACAACUCUGGGAAAGGGGCUUGGCUGGGAAGAUUGAUGAGGAUUACGACGAUGGUGAUGAGGUGCCUGUUGAAGGGGUAGAGAAACUUAAGGUCUAA